AUGCGUUACUCGACUGUCUUCCAACUUGCGGCCCUCGCCGAACUCGGCAGUGCCUACAAGCCUCACGCCGGCCACCGUGUCUCCCACGACCACAAGCUGCACAGCCGUUUAUCUGCCGGCGGUCCCUCCAACGGUAGCUACCAGCUGACCGACAACUAUCCAACCGGCUUGGACUUUUUCUCCAAGUUCAGCUUCUUCACUGACGCUGAUCCCACCAAUGGAUAUGUCACCUAUGUUGACCAGGACACGGCCUCUAGUGCCGGUCUGAUUGCUGCUAAAGGUAACGGUACCUACAUCGGUGUUGACAGCACCAAUGUUGCUUCAGGCAGCGGCCGUCAGAGUGUCCGUCUGACUAGCACUGCCACCUACAACGGCGGUUUGUUCAUUUUGGACUUGGCCCACAUACCUGGAUCUAACUGCGGCUCCUGGCCUGCCUUUUGGACCGUGGGCUCCGACUGGCCCAACAAUGGGGAGAUCGAUAUCAUCGAGGGUGUUAACCAGCAGAGCGGUAAUGCCAUGACCCUACACACCAACAGUGGAUGCACCAUCAACUCCGGCGGCUUCUCGGGCUCCCUGUCCACCAGCAACUGCGAUGUUAAUGCUGCUGGUCAGGCAAACAACGCCGGCUGCGGUAUCGACUCAUCCGACACCACCUCAUACGGUGACGGAUUCAACAGCAAUGGUGGUGGUAUCUACGCCAUGGAGUGGACUGAUCAGUUCAUUCAAAUCUUCUUCUUCGACCACGUCAAUGCUCCUUCCGACCUAACCAGCGGUUCCCCCAACCCCGCCGCUUGGGGCCAACCUGCCGCCCUCUUCGACGGUGACUGUGACAUCAACUCUCACUUCCAAAACCACAAUAUCGUCUUUGACAUCACCUUCUGUGGUGCUUGGGCCGGCGCUGUCUGGAGCUCUGGAUCUUGCGCCAACUUGGCUGGCUCGUGCAACGACUACGUCCAGAACAACCCUAGCGCUUUCCAGUCCUCUUACUGGCAAGUGAACUCCCUCAAGGUGUACUCCCGCUAG